AUGUUAGCGGCCCUGACGCUUACGGGAAGAACUGCAGCGCGGCGGAAAACCCUCCAAACUGAAAUCAGCAGUUUCCAGCCACCUCGGCCCCCCAAAGCCGGCUCCGCUGGCCCAGUGUGCCGGCUGGUGGGGCUGUACCUCGAGGCUGAACAGGUCGGCCCAUGGGCUGCUGCCCACCAGCUCCUGGUCAGUAUGGAAUCAUCUGCCAGGACAGCAGAGUAUGACCUGGUGUCUGCCUUCGAGGUCGACCACAGGGGAGACUAUGUGUCCCACGAGAUCAUGCAUCACCAGCGGCGGAGGAGAGAGGUGGCCCAGCAGGGCGGGGAUGCCCUGCACCUCCGGGUCAAGGGCGACAGGCACGACUUCCACAUGGACCUGAUGGCCUCCAGUGGCCUCGUGGCUCCUGGGUUCGUGGUGCAGACACUGGGGAGAGGAGGUACCAAGUCUGUGCAUUCCUUCCCGCCAGAGGACUUCUGUUUCUACCAGGGCUCCUUGCGGGCCCACAGGAACGCCUCGGUGGCCCUGUCCACCUGCCAAGGUUUGUCAGGCGUGAUAAGGACAGAGGAAGCCGACUACUUCCUGAAGCCACUUCCACCACACCUGGCAGGGAAGCUGAACAGCUCUGCCCCAGGCGGCGCCCCCUCCCACCUGCUGUACAAAAGAUCCACAGAAACCUGGGCCCCGCGGGCCGUCGAGGUGCUGCUGGUCUCCAGGCGGCGGGAGCUGCCCAGCCAGCCCCGAGGCAGCAGCUCUGACCUCCAGCUCCCACAGAAGCAGCAUUUCUGUGGAAGGCGCAAGAAAUACAUGCCACAGCGCCCCCAGGACCUCUUCGUCCUGCCCGACGAGUAUAAGCCCUGUCUGCGACCCAAGCGCUCUCUGCUAGAGUCCCACAGGAACGAGGAGCUGAACGUGGAGACACUGGUGGUGGUGGACAGGACCAUGAUGCGAAGCCACGGCCAGGAGAACAUCACCACCUACGUGCUGACCAUCCUCAACAUGGUGUCUGUGUUAUUCAAGGAUGGAACCAUCGGAGGAAACAUCAACAUUGCCAUUGUAGGCCUCAUUCUACUGGAAGACGAACAGCCAGGGCUGGUGAUAAGUCACCAUGCAGACCGCACCUUAAGCAGCUUCUGCCAGUGGCAGUCUGGGCUGAUUGGGAAAGAUGGAACGCGCCACGACCACGCCAUCUUGCUGACCGGCCUGGACAUAUGCUCCUGGAAGAAUGAGCCCUGUGACACUCUGGGAUUUGCACCCAUCAGUGGGAUGUGCAGUAAGUAUCGCAGCUGCACUGUUAAUGAAGAUACGGGGCUGGGCCUGGCCUUCACCAUCGCCCACGAGUCCGGGCACAACUUUGGCAUGGUCCACGAUGGAGAAGGGAACAUGUGCAAAAAAUCAGAGGGCAACAUCAUGUCCCCUACACUGGCAGGACGCAACGGGGUCUUCUCCUGGUCGCCCUGCAGCCGUCAGUAUCUGCACAAAUUUUUAAGCACUGCCCAAGCCACAUGUCUUGCUGACCAGCCGAAGCCCGUGAAGGAGUACAAGUACCCGGAGAAGCUGCCGGGAGAGUUGUAUGAUGCAAACACACAGUGCAAGUGGCAGUUUGGAGAGAAAGCCAAGCUCUGCAUGCUGGACUUUAAAAAGGACAUCUGCAAAGCCCUGUGGUGCCAUCGGGUCGGAAGAAAGUGUGAGACGAAGUUCAUGCCGGCGGCAGAGGGCACCCUGUGCGGGCAGGACAUGUGGUGCCGCGGCGGACAGUGCGUGAAAUACGGGGAUGAAGGCCCUGAGCCCACCCAUGGCCAGUGGUCGGACUGGUCCCCUUGGUCCCCCUGCUCCAGGACCUGUGGGGGAGGAGUGUCGCACAGGGACCGCCUCUGCUCCAACCCCAAGCCAUCCCACGGAGGGAAGUUUUGUGAGGGCUCCACACGCACUCUGAAACUUUGUAACAGCCAGAAGUGUCCCAAAGACAGUGUGGACUUCCGCACCGCCCAGUGUGCCGAGUACAACAGCAAGCAGUUUCGAGGGUGGCACUACAAGUGGAAACCGUACACACGGGUGGAAGAUCAGGACUUAUGCAAACUCUACUGUAUCGCAGAAGGAUUUGAUUUCUUCUUUUCUUUGUCAAAUAAAGUGAAAGAUGGGACUCCAUGCUCGGAGGAUAGCCGUAAUGUUUGUAUAGAUGGGAUAUGUGAGAGAGUUGGCUGUGACAAUAUCCUUGGAUCUGAUGCUGCCGAGGACUCCUGUGGGGUGUGCAAGGGAAAUAACUCAAACUGCAUGACUCACAGGGGUGUCUAUAACAAGCACCACCACACCAACCAAUAUUAUCACAUGAUCACCAUUCCUUCUGGAGCCCGGAGCAUUCACAUCUAUGAGACGAACAUAUCUACCUCUUACAUUUCUGUGCGCAACAUCCUCAAAAGGUACUACCUGAAUGGACACUGGACCGUGGAUUGGCCAGGAUGGUACAAGUUUUCAGGUGCUUCCUUUGACUACAGACGGUCCUACAAAGAGCCCGAGAGCUUAACCUCUGCUGGACCGACUAACGAAACGCUCAUCGUGGAGCUUCUGUUCCAAGGGAGGAACCCGGGUGUGGCCUGGGAAUUCUCGCUGCCUCGCUCCGGGGCUGAGAAGAAGCCCCCAGUGCAGCCUCGCUACACGUGGGCCAUCAUGCGCUCCGAGUGCUCCGUCUCCUGCGGAGGGGGGCAUCUGAUCACAAAGGGAGGCUGCUACAGAGACAUGAGCUUGCAGGUGAACACGUCCUUCUGUAACCCCAAGACCCGCCCUGCCACAGCACUGGUGUCCUGCGGAGUGUCCGCCUGUCCUCCCAGCUGGUCCCUGGGGAACUGGAGCUCCUGCAGCCGGACGUGCGGUGGAGGCACUCAGAGCCGGCGCGUGCAGUGCAUCCGGUGGGCCCACGACAACUCAGCGCCGGUGGCGAGCAGCCUGUGUCCACAGCCUGCGCCCGCGUGGAGCACGGGGCCCUGGACAGAGUGCUCCCGGACCUGUGGCAAGGGCUGGAGGAAGAGGGCUGUGGCCUGCAAGAACACCGACCCCUCCGCGCGCGUGCAGCUGCUGCCCAAUGCCAUGUGCGUGGCCGAGCCCAAGCCCAGGACGCACGAGGCCUGCCUGCUGCCACGCUGCCACCAGCACAAGAAGCGGCAGUGGCUGGUGUCCGCCUGGUCCCAGUGCUCUGUCUCCUGUGGGAGGGGAAUCCAGAAAAGGCUCCUGAGAUGUGCAGAAAAGUACGUCUCUGGGAAGUACCAUGAGCUGGCCCUCAAGAAGUGCUUGCAUCUGCCACAGCCUGACCUGGAGCUGGAACGCACCUGUACCCCAUUUCCGUGCCCCCCGCACCCCUGGCACACCGCCAUGGGCCCCCUGAGGAGGAGCUGGUUUGCCUCUCCCUGGUCUCAGUGCACGGCCAGCUGCGGUGGUGGUGUGCAGAUGAGGACUGUGCAGUGCCUAGCAGGGACCCAGCCAGCCUCUGACUGCCCUUUGCACCAGAAGCCCGAAGCCUCCCUGGCCUGCAACACCCACUUCUGUCCCAUUGAAGAGAAGAAAGGCACCUUCUGCAGGGACGCCUUCCACUGGUGCAGCCUGGUGCCACAGCACGGGAGGUGCAGCCACAGGUUCUACGGCAAGCAGUGCUGCAGGGCUUGCUCCAGGUCCAACCUGUGAGGCAGACAUCCCGCAGCAGAGAGGCAGCCAUGUGGCCUGGGAACAUAAGCUGUGUAGUACGUGCUAGAACAUGGCCAACGAAGAUGGCGCCAGACAAGGGCUAACUGUGCUAGGCUCUCGGCCCCGAGCGGGUAUGUUCGUGCUCAGGAUGCGGCCAAUGUGUGGCUGUGCCCAUCGCCCAUGCUGUGCUCACCUCACACGCUCUGUUGUCCUGUGGAAACACAGGUUGCUCCUGCUCAAAGCGAGAGAGCCUUCCCACAGAGCCCAAGCAGCAACUCUCAGCCAGGUUUGUGGCUCCACUACACCAAGUCCAAAGGACAGCAGAGGUGGACUUGCUAAACUCGAAAUGUCUGGUGCUUUGUAAAGAGAAGAAAGAGCCACAAGAUUACGAAAGUAUGCAGAGCACUGCCCCCUCCUUCCUGGGAGGCCCCCACCAUCACGUGGGCCGAGGAGCAGGUGCUGCACCAUUGGUUACAGACACCACAGCUCAGCCGAAUGAGCCCAGGUCCUUCUGAUUUAGGACUUUGCAUGUGCAACCGAGAAAAUAAAAUCCCUGAAGAGGUGCUUCCUUCUCCUACAGGCUCACGUGCCGGAGGAGACUUUGAUACUUAGUGUUCUCUCUUUCUCAGUCACGUACCAGUGAGUCUUCCUGUUGAAACCCAUUUCCAGUGCUCUUUUUUCUUAAGUAGUGGGUCAGAAGUUCAGGUUACACAGCUGCCCCCCAAAAAGAGUCAGGGACACCAAGCAGUAGCUCUGAUUGUAGCCUUGUGCCCUGGGUCUUGUUGUUGCUCUGUUGAGGAUCUUUUAAUUUUUAAAUUUCUUCCAUAACUUGGGUAGAAAAGGAAGGGCAGCAGCCUUCACAGAGGGCCUCCCCUGCUCCCUGUCCUCACUGGUGCUUAUUUCUGGUCUCCCUGCCUGGAAAGUGGCGCCUUUG